UUUCAGACUUUCAGCUAGGUUUUUUCUCUUUUUCUUGCUAAUGCUGUAGUUAUGAUUUCCUUUCAGGUACCUAUUGGAGCAAAGUUUGUCGGUAGACAAUUUGUUUGUCUUUGUUCUGAUCUUCAAGUACUUCAAAGUGCCACAUAUGUAUCAGAAUCGGGUUCUUUCAUAUGGUAUUGCUGGUGCAAUCAUCUUUCGUUUGUCAUUGAUACUACUUGGAACAGCUACCCUUCAGAGGUUUGAGGUGGUCAACCUACUACUGGCUGCUAUACUCUUAUUCUCAUCGUUCAAGCUAUUUACCAGUGAGGAAGAUGACACUGAUCUGUCUGACAACUUCAUAGUGAAGACAUGCCAGAGAUUUAUCCCCGUUAUAUCUAAUUAUGAUGGUAAUAAAUUUAUAACUAAACGGGACAACAUUUGGCAAGCCACUCCUUUGCUUCUCACAGUAGCAGUUAUUGAGCUCAGUGAUAUAGCAUUUGCUGUUGAUUCAAUACCAGCUGUUUUUGGCGUUACACGGGAUCCUUUUAUAGUUUUUUCAUCUAAUAUUUUCGCCAUCUUAGGUUUAAGGUCACUUUACACACUCAUUGCUGAGGGUAUGGCUGAUCUGGAAUACUUGCAGCCUUCCAUUGCUGUUGUUCUAGGUUUCGUUGGGUUUAAAAUGAUCUUGGAUUUCUUUGGAUUUCAUGUAUCUACAGAGGCGUCACUCGGUUUUGUGGCGACAAGUCUCAGUGCUGGAGUGCUGUUUAGUUUAGCAAAGAAGGGUGAGUAGCUGAAAUCAAGUGAAGUGCAAGAGCAGGUGAAAGGGUCUAUAUUUUGUAUAUUUAAUCUAUAAGUGCAAGUAAGCUCUAAAAUUGCCGA